AUGCGCCGUUUGCAACUCCUGCAGUUCCACUUCCACCAACCAUCCAUCCAUGUUGCCAUUUCUCUGACCCUGCUGCAGAUGGAUGACGACCAGUCCGUAGAGGAUGCGGUCGCGCGGCUCCUCGCGAGUGUCCAGGACGAUAACAAGUUCGAGAACGAGCGAGUCGGAUCGAUGCCCGAGACGUCCUUGGACUAUGUCCGCACCAACGAUGGUGCCGUCGAUGAAACAUGGCUCGACAGCAGCCACGAAACCCCCGUCACUUCUGCGCCGAACCUGACGCCAAUCGAUGGCGACGGAAAUGGCAACGGAAAUGGCGAUGCCACUGGUACUCUGUCGGACUCGACGCCAGAGCGAAUCCCCAGUCGCCCUUCGGAGCUGUCAACCGGGCCGCCGGUCGAGGUCGAGCAACCGCAGAGUCAAGCGCUCCAUCGACCUCCCGAUUCGCCAGUCGGCCGUCGUAUCGAAGUUGCUAUUCCUGAUAUUCCCAUCGAGGUGCGCAAUGAAUACGUCGCACUCACCAGCGAGGUGGUUGAGCAUGUCGCCGAAAUGGUUCCUGGUUCGGGCGAGAUGCAAUAUGUCGUCGAGUUCACCGACGGGAGACGAGACCUGAUCUCCGUAGAGGAGCUUGCCGUCCUUGAAAACGGUGUUCCGGCGCUGCGUCAAUACAAAAGGAACAAGAUGGGUGGCCGAAAACGCAAGUAUGGUCCCGAUGACGAGUGGGAUUCGGAUGUCGAACACGCAGACACGGACCCCAUGGAAUUGGAUCCCGACGAGAGCUCCCAGUCCGUCACACGCCCUGGCCGCAAGCUCCGCGUCCGAGAGUCGAUUCUUCAGUCGCACUCUUCGGAUGACGACGACAGCGACAUCGUCAAGAGCACAUCGACGAGACCUCCCUCCACCCGCAACCUGAGACAGCGGCAGCCACACCAGCCGAAUAUGUAUACCAUAUCCGUCAAGAGCGGUGCGGACCUCGACGACGAGCUGGCCACCGAACCGCAGCAGCCCUCGGAAGGAGACGAUGACGAGUUUCAACCGGUCGUCUCGGAUAUCGGCAUCACCAAAGGUCGACGACGGAACGCCCUCCAGCGUGCGAGACGAAUGCGCGCCCAGCCCUCCCGCACUCGAGGCCAUCCACGGGUGACCCAGGCCGGCGCCUUUGCCGAUUCCGACAUCGAGUUUGAGCAGCCACGGCGGUCCUCGAGAGCGACGAGGAACAUGGUCGACAUGCGUGACGACGCCCUCAUGGAUGAUGACUCCUUCUACCUCAUCGACGACCGAGCGCAGCCGGCCCCAAAGUUUGCCUCCGUUCGAGAAAUCUUCCAACCCUUGCCGGCGGAAUCCGCUUUUGGCACGGUGCAUAUGGGCACCUGUCAUACCUGCGGCGGCUCGAAGCAUCGGGGCCAGCUUGUCCACUGCCAAGGAUGCAGCCUGUCGUACCACAAACACUGCCUCGGCGUCCGGAGUGUCCGUGACCAUCUUGUCACCAAGAUCGCCGACGACAGUUUCGUGCUCCAAUGCAAGUUCUGCAUCAACAUCCACCGGAAGAGGGACCGCAACGCCCCCAAUGGCAGCAGGUGCCAGACCUGCGAAGCCGAAGGCGACGCUUGCGCCCCCUUUUCUCAGCGGAAGACGGCCACCCAGGAGGAGAAGCUGCGUGUCGAGAACGGUGGCACGGACCCCAUCUCGCCCGUUUCCCCGGCCCUCGUCAACAAUGAAGAUGUCCUCCUCUUCCGCUGCGUCGCGUGCCACCGGGGCUGGCACCUCGACCACCUGCCCCGUACCGGCAGCGAACCGAUAGGAACCGACGUCAAGGCCGAGAGGCUCAAGGACUACAUGAUCGACUGGCAGUGCAACGAAUGCAGCACCCAGAAGCACAAGAUCCAGCGCCUUGUUGCCUGGCGACCUUCCCAAGGCGUGACCGACGACGCCCCUCGGCCCGCUUUCGAGAGUCUGACCGACGACGCCAAGGAGUAUCUCGUCAAGUGGGACACGCUUUCGUACUUCCACUGCACUUGGAUGCCCGGCCCAUGGAUCUUCGGCACCACCACGGCGGCCAUGCGAACGACCUUCAACAAGAAGGCCGUCCAGCAGGAUCUCCUGAAGCUCACCGACAAGGAAGCCAUUCCCGACGAGUAUCUCAUCCCCGACAUCAUUUUCAACGUCAGACUGAACUCGACCGGCUCGAGAGCCAAACCAAAGGAGGCCGAGCUCGCCGACGUCGGAAAUGUCGGCAAGGUGCUCGUCAAGUUUCAGGGUCUCGGCUAUGACGACGUCGUCUGGGAUGAACCUCCCACCAAGGACAUGGAGGAGCUGUACGAUGCGUUUCGAGAUGCCUAUCGCGAGUACGUUCAGGGCAGGCAAUUCCAACACGAGGCGACCGCCAAGAUUCGAGAUCGCAUCCGAGCCUUCAAGGCGGCCGACUUUGUCGAAGUCACGUCGCAGCCUGGCGGUCUCAAGCGAGGCAAGCUCAUGGGCUACCAGAUAGAAGGUCUCAACUGGCUCCUCAGCAGCUACCACGCAGGAAGGAACGUCGUCUUGGCCGACGAAAUGGGCCUCGGGAAAACGGUGCAGGUCGUCAGUCUCGUGACGUCGCUCGUGCAGGACAAACCCAAGUGCUGGCCGUUCCUCAUCGUCGUACCGAAUGCCACUUGCCCGAACUGGCGUCGAGAGUUCAAGCAGUGGGCUCCCGAUCUGCGCGUUGUGACCUACCACGGCGGUAGGGAGUCGCAAGAGCUCGCCUACAAGUACGAGCUCUUCCCGGACGAAUCGGCCGACAUGAAGGCCCACGUCGUCAUCAUGUCGUACGACUCGGCCCAAGAUCCGAAAACCAGAGUGCUUUUCAAGUCCGUGCACUGGGCCGGCCUGGUCGUGGACGAGGGGCAGCGGCUCAAGAACGACCGAAACCUGCUCUACCUGGCGCUGCGCUCCAUGAAGAUCCCCUUCCGUCUCCUGCUGACCGGCACGCCGUUGCAGAACAAUAAGCGGGAGCUCUUCAACCUGCUGCAGUUCAUCGACGACCGCCAGGAUGCCGCCGCCCUGGACAUGGAAUACGCCGUUCUCGACAAGGAGACGCUUCCCAAACUCCACGAGAAGAUCCGCCCCUACUUUCUUCGCCGAACCAAGGCGGGCGUUCUCAAGUUCCUGCCACCCAUGGCCCAAAUCAUUCUGCCCGUGAGCAUGACGGUCAUCCAGGAAAAGCUGGCCAAGAGCAUCAUGGCCAAGAACCCGCAGCUCAUCAAAGCCAUGUUUGCCAACGGCAAGAUGAAGUCCAAGGACCGAAGCACGCUCAACAACAUCUUGAUCCAGUUGCGCAAAUGCUUCUGCCACCCCUUCAUGUACUCGGAAGCCAUCGAGGAGCGGCACCACGAUCCGUCCGUCCUUCACCAGAACCUCGUCGAAGCCUCGUCGAAGCUCCUCUUGCUGUCGAUCAUGCUCCCCAAGCUGAAGGAGCGUGGCAACCGCGUCCUCAUCUUCAGCCAGUUCCUCCAUCAGCUCGACAUCAUGGAAGACUUCCUUUCCGGACUCGGCUAUCAGUUCCGAAGACUCGACGGUGCCAUGUCGAGCCUGGAGAAGCAGCGGCGGAUCGAUGCCUUCAACGCCCCGGACUCGCCCAUCUUCGUCUUCCUGCUGUCCACCCGGGCGGGCGGCGUCGGCAUCAACCUGGCGACGGCUGACACCGUCAUCAUCAUGGAUCCCGACUUCAACCCCCACCAGGACAUUCAAGCGCUGUCCCGAGCGCAUCGGAUCGGCCAGAAGCAAAAGGUUCUCUGCUUCCAGCUGGUGACGAAGGACACGGUGGAAGAACGGAUCAUGCAAGUGGGCCGCAAGAAGAUGGCCCUCGACCACGCCCUGAUCGAGAGCAUGGACGACGAGGAGAUUGCCGGCGACGACUUGGAGUCGAUCCUGAAGCACGGCGCCCAAGCUCUGUUCAGCGACGACUACCAAAAGACGGCCAUCCACUACGACGGGCCGUCGGUCGACAAGCUCCUGGACCGUUCCCAGAUGGAGCAGACAAAGGCUGACGAAGAAGGUUCGGCGGAGACGCAGUUCACCUACGCUCGCGUGUGGGCCAACGAAAAGCAAGCCUUCACGGAAGGGCUAGACAUGGCCGAGGCCGAAGCGCCGGAGCCCAUAAGCUCGAGCGUUUGGGACAAGAUCCUCGCGCAAAGAGAGGAAGAGGCGCGGCUAGAAGCCGAGGCGAACAGGGAGGUCCUGGGACGAGGCGGUCGACGUCGAAAUACAAUCAACUACAAGACGAGCUCGACUUUGGAGAACGCGGCAUUCCUCGAGGGUGCUGUCCCCGAUUCGGACUCUUCCGAUGAAUUUGCAGGCGGCGAGUCGGCGGACGAUUCGGAAGACGACGAUUCGGCCAAAAAAGGUAAACGGCGUAGGCCAUCCAAGACUCACCUCAAAUCUCCAUUCGGCACCCCCAAGAAGAGUGACAAAGAGAAACCGCCAAACGCCGUCGGCCAACGGCAAGUCUACACCUCUAAAGGGGAGCCGGGCCAAGCAAAGUCCAGGCGGUCCAAGUCGAAGCCGAAGCCGAAGUCAGGACCAAGGCCAGGGGAGACUCCCGCGAGGCCCAGCAACGCCCAAGAACAAGAAGGUCCAGCCAGCUUCGACGCGAGGCGCCACGCAGCCUACAAUGCCGCACAGGGGCACGCGGCUUUCGCCUACCCUCCCCAAGCCGCAUCAUCGCAAGCCAGCUCCAUCAAGGCCCAGUUCCUCCACGGCCCAGCGCCCCCCCCCGAUGGGCUCACCGGCUGGAGACCCCCCGGAAGGCCCCCCAACAGACCCACAAACAGACAAGCCAUUGGCGCCGUGUUUCCUGCCGCCCCCGCCGUCCCCGUGGUCAAUUUCGGCGGGAACGCCUCGGGGAAAGGCAUCGCCGGCAGCAUCCCCGACGGACUCCCCUACUACGACGACAACGUCGGUAGAUUCCCUCAACACUUUUCUCAUGAGGGUGAAGGCAGAGGAGGAGGACAAAAGCGGCCCUUUCAAGGCAUGACGGACCCGAAUGUCCUGUACGGAGACGGGACUCAGCCUCAUGCCGCCUUGUCGCAACCGCAGCCUCAACCUCCUCCCAUGCUCUCGUACCCAACUCCUCAUCAUCCAGCACCUCAUUCCCAUCCAGCGCGUCGCUCUCUGCCAGCAAUAUUCUCCCCACCGAUUCCCCCUACUUCUCCGGGGCUCUCCUCCCCCUCAGCCCACCAACCCGGCACUUGGCUACGGGUCGGUAUGCGCAACGGCAAACCUUUCUUAAACAGCAAUGGCGAUUUCACAGAGGCCCAGCUGCGCCUUGCUAUCGACGAAGUGCGGCAUUCUACGAAGAGCCAGGAGUUCAAACAACAACUUCUACACUUCCUUCUCCAACAGCUGAGAGGCAUACGAACCCCCCAGAACGGGACUAAAAAGUCGUGA